ACUUAGCAACACUCUCCAAAACCAUGCCAUUACACUUUUUUUCAUUUUCAUUCACUUCAAAAAAAAGUAAUAGUAGAAGAAAAACUAUGCCAUUGCACUCAUUACACUCCUACAAAUUCAACACUUACCAGUUACCACCUAGUUUACCUUCAACUGAGUUCAUGUUGGUUUUCCAUGUGAACUAACAAGGUUAAAAUCACUCUCACAUAUUAAUUUAGUUUUACUCCUCAUUGGAAAGAGAGCAUCACUGUGUUAACUGAUUGAAGCCAAAGAUGGGUUUUCAACCGUUGAUUUGGUAUUGUAAGCCGGAACCGGACAGUGUUUGGGAGAAAGUAGUUGAUAGUGCUUUUGGUUCAUAUACACCAUGUGCAAUCAAUACUCUUGUUAUUUCAACUUCGAAUUUGGUUCUUAUGGGCUUGUGUUUAUAUAGAAUAGGCCUUAUUACUUUCAAUGCCAAAGCUCAGAGGUUUUGUUUGAAAUCGAAUUACUAUAAUUAUAUUCUUGGAAUGUUAGCUGGUUACUGUGCUUUUCAGCCUUUGUUGAGAUUGUUAACAGGAAAUUCCGCGUUCAAUCUGAAUGAUGAAACUAGCUUUCCUCCUUUUGAGAUAACAUCUCUGAUCAUUGAAUCAAUUACUUGGUUUUCAAUGAUAAUUCUUAUCCUAUUGGAAACCAAGGUAUAUAUUAGGCAAUUUAGGUGGUUGGUGAGGUUUGGAGUUAUUUAUGUUUUGGUGGGAGAUAUCGUAAUGCUCGACCUUCUUCGAUCGGUGAAAGAUUACUCCAGCAGUUCUGCGCUAUUUCUAUAUAUCAGCACUGUUAUCUGCCAGGUGCUGUUUGGUACUUUACUUCUAGUUUACAUUCCGAAUUUGGUUCCAUAUUCGGGUCAUAAUACAACAACGCAAUCCGAGGUACCUGACAAUGGUGAAUAUGAACCACUUUGUGGAGACGAUCAAGUUUGCCCCGAGAUGCGCGCCAGUUUCUUAUCUAGGUUAAGUUUUGGAUGGAUAACUCCACUGAUGAAACAAGGGUAUAGAAAACCAAUCACUGAAAAGGAUGUUUGGAAGCUAGACAAAUGGGAUGAAACACAGACAUUGAAUGAAAAAUUCCAAAAGUGCUGGAUGUCAGAAUUUCAAAGCUCUAACCCUUGGCUUUUAAGAGCAUUAAACAUUAGUCUAGGGAAAAGGUUUUGGUUUGGAGGCAUCUUCAAGAUAGGCAAUGAUCUUUCUCAAUUUGUGGGGCCUAUUUUGCUGAACCAUCUCUUGGGUUCAAUGCAAAAUGGAGAUCCGUCUUGGAUCGGUUACAUCUACGCCUUCUCCAUAUUUGUUGGAGUGUCAGUUGGUGUUCUAUGUGAGGCACAAUAUUUCCAGAAUGUUAUGCGUGUCGGUUUUCGCCUUAGAUCAACAUUGGUGGCUGCUAUAUUCAGAAAAUCGUUGAGGCUAACUCAUGAGAGUAGAAAGAAGUUCUCAUUCGGAAAGCUUAUGAAUAUGAUAACAACAGAUGCCAAUGCAUUACAGCAAAUAUGUCAGCAACUUCACGGACUAUGGUCAGCGCCGUUUCGCAUUGUCAUAGCUAUGGUUCUCCUAUACCAGCAACUAGGUGUUGCUUCAAUUGUUGGAUCAGUAAUGCUCGUUCUCAUCAUUCCACUACAGACAUUUGUGAUUAGCAAAAUGAGAAAACUGACAAAGGAAGGACUGCAACAGACAGACAGAAGGGUUGGUCUAAUGAAUGAAAUUCUUUCGGCCAUGGAUACAGUAAAAUGUUAUGCAUGGGAAACAAGCUUUCAGUCUAGAAUUCAAAGCAUUCGACACGAAGAACUAUCAUGGUUCCGCAAAGCUCAGCUUCUAUAUGCUCUAAACAGUUUUAUACUGAACAGCAUCCCGGUUCUUGUGACAGUAACUUCUUUUGGAAUGUUUACUUUACUUGGUGGAGAAUUAACACCUGCAAGGGCGUUCACCUCACUGUCACUGUUUUCGGUUUUGCGAUUUCCUUUAAACAUGCUUCCAAAUUUACUAAGUCAGGUAGCAAAUGCAAAUGUCUCGUUGCAACGUUUGGAGGAACUGUUUUCGGCCGAGGAACGAGAUUUACAACAAAAUCCUCCAAUUGUUCCAGGACUUCCAGCCAUAUCAAUAAAGAAUGGACACUUUUCAUGGGAUCAGAAGGCAGACAAGGCCACGUUAUCAAAUAUCGAUGUUGAAAUACCGGUUGGUAGCUUAGUUGCAAUCAUUGGAGGAACAGGAGAAGGGAAAACAUCACUUAUUUCAGCAAUGCUUGGAGAGAUACCUCUUGUAUCUGAUGGAAAUGCUACAAUCAGAGGCACUGUUGCUUAUGUUCCUCAGAUUUCAUGGAUUUACAAUGCUACCGUUCGUGAAAAUAUACUAUUUGGAUCAAAAUUCGAUCAUGCACGGUAUUGGAAGGCCAUCGAUGUCACUUCUUUGGAGCAUGAUCUAAACUUUUUACCUGGACGCGAUUUUACAGAAAUUGGAGAAAGAGGAGUAAACAUUAGUGGUGGACAAAAGCAAAGAGUUUCUUUAGCUAGAGCUGUAUACUCCAAUUCUGAUGUAUAUAUAUUCGAUGAUCCUUUAAGUGCUCUUGAUGCUCAUAUUGCUCAAGAGGUUUUCAAGAACUGCAUAAAGGAAGGGCUGCAAGAGAAAACCAGGGUUCUUGUAACGAACCAGCUUCAUUUUCUCCCUCAGGUCGAUAAAAUUAUUCUUGUCAGUGAAGGAAUGAUUAAGGAACAAGGAACGUUCGAGGAGUUGUCGAAAUGCGGGCCUCUAUUUCAGAAGCUAAUGGAAAAUGCAGGGAAAAUGGAACAAGAAGUAGAUAGUAACAUAGAUAGAGAUACUGACGACAAGAAUGAUGUUUUACCUUUGAGUAAUGACGCAAUUGUAGAGUUACCAAAUGAUACAAGCUAUGAGAAGAAGGGAAAAUUGCGAAAAUCGGUGCUUGUUAGGAAAGAAGAGCGGGAAACAGGCGUUGUUAGCUGGAAAGUUUUAACGCGGUACACAUCGGCUUUGGGAGGACUGUGGGUAGUUGCUAUACUUUUUGCAUGCUAUACAUUAACAGAAGCUCUCCGAAUUUCGAGUAGCACAUGGUUAAGUGUGUGGACGUCUCAAGAUUCCACCGCUGCUUCUCGAGCAGGAUAUUUUCUUUUCGUCUAUGCACUUUUUUCAUUCGGACAGGUAUCGGUAGCACUUGCAAACUCUUAUUGGUUGAUCAUUUCAAGUCUUCGUGCUGCGAAAAGACUGCACGAUGCAAUGCUAGAUACAAUUCUAAGCGCUCCAAUGCUGUUCUUCCAGACGAAUCCUGUCGGCCGCAUAAUUAAUAGAUUUGCAAAAGACACGGGAGACAUAGAUACCAAUGUUUUUAAUUUGGUGAAUAAUUUUCUGGGGCAAGUUUGGCAACUUCUUUCAACAUUUGUUCUAAUAGGCACUGUCAGCACCAUAUCCCUCUGGGCCAUAUUGCCGCUUCUGAUCUUUUUCUAUGCUGCUUAUAUAUACUACCAGAGCACAGCUCGAGAGGUGAAGCGCAUGGAUUCCAUUACAAGAUCGCCUGUUUAUGCACAUUUCGGAGAAUCAUUGAAUGGUUUGUCGAGCAUUCGCGCUUACAAAGCGUACGACAGGAUGUCAAUCAACAAUGGAAAAUUUAUGGAUAACAAUAUCAGAUUUACUCUUGUGAAUAUUAGUUCGAACCGUUGGCUAACGAUAAGGUUAGAAAGCUUAGGAGGCCUCAUGAUUUGGUUGAUAGCUACCUUCGCUGUGUUACAAAAUGCAAAAUCGGAAAACCCUACGUUAAUAGCAUCUACAAUGGGUCUACUUCUCAGUUAUACAUUGAACAUAACAAAUCUCUUGAGUGGUGUACUUAGACAAGCAAGUAGAGCAGAAAACAGUUUAAAUUCGGUUGAGCGUGUUGACACGUAUAUAAAUUUAGAAACGGAGGGUCAAAGUAUAAUUGAGACGAACCGUCCACCACCAGGAUGGCCAACAAAAGGAUCAAUUGAGUUUGAGAAUGUUGUUUUGAGUUAUAGGCCGGAACUUCCUCCGGUUUUGCAUGGAUUAUCGUUUGUAGUUCCUUCAACUGAGAAGAUAGGUGUAGUUGGAAGAACUGGUGCAGGAAAGUCUAGCAUGCUUAAUGCAUUAUUCCGAAUUGUGGAGCUUCAAAGUGGAAGAAUCAUUAUUGAUGGCUACGAUAUCUCUACGUUCGGACUAGCAGAUUUGAGAAGAGUUCUUACUAUCAUACCACAGUCACCAGUUCUUUUCUCCGGAACCGUCCGUUUCAAUCUUGAUCCAUUUAACGAACACAAUGAUGCUGACCUAUGGGAAGCUUUGGAAAGGGCACAUUUGAAGGAUGUCAUAAGAAGAAAUUCAUUUGGCCUAGAUGCUCAGGUUUCUGAGGGAGGAGACAAUUUCAGCGUUGGACAACGGCAACUGCUAAGUCUAGCCAGAGCAUUGCUAAGAAGAUCAAAGGUUCUCGUCCUUGACGAAGCUACUGCUGCUGUAGAUGUUCGAACAGACGCUCUUAUACAGAAAACUAUCAGACAAGAAUUUCAUUCUUGCACGAUGCUCAUCAUUGCGCAUAGAUUGAACACAAUAAUCGACUGCAACCAGAUUCUUCUACUAGAUGCUGGCAAGGUUCUUGAAUACAGUUCACCCGAGGAACUCUUACGAAACGAAGAAACUGCAUUCUACAGAAUGGUUCAAAGUACUGGCCCUGCAAAUGCUGAGUAUUUAUGCAACUUAGUAUUUGAAAAGACACAAAACAAUUCAAAUGAACAUAACAAGGAUUUAGAAAACCAUACGCGACAAUUGGCAUCUACGAAUUGGGCUGCUGCUACUCAGUUUGCAAUAUCUUCUACACUUUCUUCUUUACAUCAACACCUUCAAAGUCCAAAUAGUAAAGACAAUGAAGAUAUCCUUAAUAGAACAAAGGAUGCAGUCAUGACACUUCAGGAAGUUCUAGAAGGAAAGCACGACGAAACUAUAGAAGAUAUAUUGAUUAAAUAUCAUCUUCCUAGAGAUAGCUGGUGGUCUACUCUCUAUAAAGUCAUUGAAGGUCUUGCUGUUUUGAUCAAGUUGCCUCAGGAUAACUUUCAACAAUUAGAACCUGAUUUUGAAGGAAGAUCUUUUGACUAGUGUAAUGCAAUCAAUUCUCAAAGGGUUACAGUUGCAAAUACAAGUUUCUUCAGAUUGUUCUUCCCUCUUUGUUAUACUGAGAUAGAAUUGAGGAAGGUUUUGAGAAAGUGAUCAAUCAUUGAAGAAACAAUGUUACACAUUUAUAUUAGUUGCUAUUUCAAGAUUUAGCACUCAUUAGUUACUUAUCAUUGAAUAAACUACUUUACAAUAGCCAAAACAAACUAACUA